CAGCAAAAGUCCUGAUCUUCCCCGUGGUACAACAGUUCACAGAGGCCUUUGUCCAGGCUCUCCAGAUGCCGGAUGGCCCCACAUGUGACAGUGGCUUUAAAAUGGAGGUUCUAAAGGCAGUGACAGCCCUGGUAAAAAACUUCCCCAAGCACAUGGUGUCCUCCAUGCAGCAGAUUCUGCCUAUUGUUUGGAACACACUCACCGAAAGUGCUGCUUUUUAUGUGAGGACAGAAGUAAAUUACACAGAAGAAGUAGAAGAUCCUGUGGAUUCUGAUGGUACGUUGCUUAUCUGAUCUUGAC